AUAUAAAUUUUACACAAAAUCUUAAUAAUUUAUCUUCUCACAUUUAAUAGUUAAGAUUUUAUCUGUGGAGGAAGAGGACUAUGCAGAAGAUGGAGAGGAGCAUGAAGAAGUUGAAAAAGGAAAUGGAAGAGAUAGGUGAGGAGCAGAAACAAAUAAAGGAGGGGCAGAGGCAAGUUAGGGAAAAAUUUGAGGCGAUGGAAGAAGAAUGCAAGCAGCUCCGCAUGGAAACCUGGCAAAUAACAAUGUAGAGCAAGAACACCCAACUUCAUCUUGCCCUUAUGUUUUAGAUCCUCAAGGCUAGGGAGAACAAUGAUCUUGUUAGAGCUACUGAACUUACUCGAUUUCUCCAGUUAGUCCCAUUUCCUAAUUCCAAUCUAAGAGCAUGUUUGGUGCAGAUUGUGGAAAGAGCCUUUUGGCUCUAAAAGCACAAAUUGCACCAAACGGGUCAGCUUCCCAAACUUGCUGCAGCUUUUGAGAAGCUGAGCUUCUCGCCGUUCCUUUGCAAAGUUCAGAAGCUCCAAUUUCUUACUUCUGCAGGAGCUUCUAGCUCCAUAUUUAAUGAAAUUGACAUAUUCUU